CUUGAUCCCAACCUUCAUCUACCAAUAACAUCACCUACCAACACCCUUUACCAACCUUUAACUACAACCUACUUUACAAUGCCGUUCUUGGUUUCUCCUCAGGCCUUUCUUUGUGCGCUUCUUUUCAACGUUGUGUUCGCUGGGCUCAAGCUCUAUCAGGACGAUGUUAGGAAUGAUCCUUACGAGAAAUACCGCGCGCCUACUUCCACUGAUACCAAAGUAUCCGUGGCCGAGUUUGCCAUUAUGGCUCUUUGCAUGCUCAACACUGUUUGUACGUUUCGCCGGUCCAAGAAACUCCUCCUUUUCCGGGCGCCUACUGGUUCCCUUAACCUCAUCGGUUCGCCGAACGCCAAGAUUGUCUCUGUCGACGUUACCGGUGCGGUGUUUGCCGACUAUGAAGAUGAACAAGCCCCCCAUGAGCAACCAACUCGUACUUGGAAGGACAAGAUCCUAUUUUGGAAGAAGCCAGUAGCAGUUCCCUCGCCUGAAAACCUCAGGCGCGUGUGGCAAUUAACGGUCUGGGACCCGACCGAUUUUGGAAUCAGUCUCUUCUGGUAUGUUCAAGUUGUAAUAAUGUGCUUCUCUGCUGUGAUGACGAUGUUGCGAUCUAUAUCAGUUCGUGUUCGCCGAUGCAAUUGGCGAUUUUAUAUAAUAUCACGUUCGAAACCUGGAGAAGUACCAUACCCGUAGUUUUUCUCUGCGCAGUCUUCCAACAUUUCCUGGUGGACACGUAUGACAGACAUAUAAAGGACAACCGAAUUAUAGCUGGACAAGUCCUGCAUGAAUACACACAAGACAUGUCAAAGUUGGAGAAUUUCCCUCCUCAGCGGAAAUUCGACAUUGAGACGCGGGGAGACACCGAACCCGCGCUUGUUACUCCACGUCGAGUAACUUUUAAGAGCAGCCCAAAGGUGGCUCUCUAUCAUACUUCUUCUCCUUCUACAAGCCUUUAUUCUUUAUCAAGGCAGGGUGAGCCUUCAAAUUAUGAGCGUCAGGACCCCGUACAGGCUUGGGUUGGUCAGCAGAGGCGGUAUUAUGAGAACAGUGAGAAUGUUGCACCUAAUGCGCAACCUUACAGUCCGCGCAGCCCAAAGAAGUAUUCCUAUCAGAGUCCUUACUGAGGGUAUGAUGUAGGUAAAUUAUGAGCGAGGGUUUUGAAAGUUUGAGUUUUGAGGUUGACGGACAUGGCGCUUAUUAUGAACGGUGUGGGGUUUAUUAUCAACGGUGUGGGGUUUAUCGGAAAUGGAUAUUAUAUUGCAGUGGGGAAAUGUAUAUUCUAAUGGGUGGGAAAUAUGUAUAGCAGUCGUUUUAAUAUUAUUGUGAUACCCCUA